AUCUUUGGCCAAACUCAUAGCUUUUUUUCUCUUUCCCUAAUAUGCCUUCCUAAGGCUCCACCCUUCACCAAGAGGAGGAGGACAAAAUGACUAAGUCCAAGAUUGCAGUGACCUUCAAGGAUGUGGCUGUGAUCUUUACUGAAGAGGAGCUGGGACUGCUGGACAUUGCCCAAAGGAAGCUCUACCAAGACGUCAUGCUGGAGAAUUUUAGGAACGUGAUCUCAGUGGGAUACCCAUCCUUCAAACCAGAUGGUGUAUCACAGUUAGAGAGAGAAGAAAAGCUUUGGGUGAUGAAGAUGGCAACCCAGAGCCAUCACUCCUCAGGCAAGAAUCUAAAUGAGAUGGAGACUCUUCAAGAAGUAGGAUUAAGGUGCCUGCCACAUGAAGAGCUUUUUUGCUCACAAGUCUGGCAACAAGUUACAAGGGAGUUAACCAGGUAUCAAGAUUCCAUGGUAAACAUUCAAGAAACUGACUCUCAGUUGGAAAAACAAGGUGAUGUAUUCUAUGAAGAUGAGGCAUUCAGUAACCAGAUUUCACAUCUUCGAGCUCAUCAAAGAGUACAUACCAGUGAAAAAUCCUACAAAGGGGAAGAGUGUGAAAAAAGUUUCAAUUGGAGCUUUCACCUUCAAAUUAACCAGAGGGCUCAUGUAGGAGAGAAGUCUUACAAAUGUGAAAAAUGUGAUAAUGCCUUCCGUCGAUUUUCAAGUCUUCAAGCUCAUCAGAAAGUCCACAGUAAAGAGAAGUCAUACAAAUAUGAUGUAUCUUAUAAGGGUUUCAGUCAGAGGUUACAUCCUCCUCAUCAUCAGAGAGUUUCCAGUGGGGAAAAUUCAUACAAAUAUGAGGCAUGUAGAAGGAAUCUUAGGAAAAGUUCACAUUGUCGAGCUUCUCUGAUAGUCCAUACGGGAGAGAAACCCUAUAAAUGUAGGGAGUGUGGAGUAAACUUCAGCCAGAGUUCAUAUCUUCAAGUCCAUCAGAAAGUCCACAGAGGAAAGAAACCUUAUAAAUGUGAAGAGUGUGGGAAGAGCUUCACUUGGCGUUCACGACUACAGGCUCAUCAGCGAAUCCACACCGGAGAGAAACCAUACAAAUGUGAUGCAUGUGGAAAGGGCUUUAGUUAUAGCUCACAUCUUAACAUUCAUUGUAGAAUCCAUACAGGAGAAAAACCUUAUAAAUGUGAGGAGUGUGGGAAAGGCUUCAGUGUGGGUUCACAUCUUCAAGCCCAUCAGAUAAGCCAUACUGGAGAGAAACCAUACAAAUGUGAAGAGUGUGGGAAGGGUUUCUGCCGGGCAUCAAACCUUCUGGAUCAUCAAAGAGGCCACACUGGAGAGAAGCCAUAUCAGUGUGAUGCUUGUGGUAAGGGCUUUAGUCGUAGUUCAGAUUUUAACAUUCAUUUUAGAGUCCAUACAGGAGAAAAACCCUAUAAAUGUGAAGAGUGUGGUAAGGGCUUUAGUCAGGCCUCAAAUCUUCUGGCCCAUCAAAGAGGUCACACUGGAGAGAAACCAUACAAAUGUGGUACAUGUGGGAAGGGCUUCAGUCGAAGUUCAGAUCUUAAUGUUCACUGUAGAAUUCACACAGGAGAGAAACCCUAUAAAUGUGAGAAGUGUGGUAAGGCCUUCAGUCAAUUCUCAAGUCUUCAAGUACAUCAGAGAGUCCACACUGGAGAAAAACCAUAUCAAUGUGCAGAGUGUGGGAAGGGCUUCAGUGUAGGUUCACAGCUUCAAGCCCAUCAGAGGUGCCACACUGGAGAGAAACCAUACCAAUGUGAGGAGUGUGGGAAGGGCUUUUGUCGGGCCUCAAAUUUUCUGGCUCAUCGUGGUGUCCACACAGGAGAAAAACCAUACCGAUGUGAUGUGUGUAGUAAGCGCUUCAGACAGAGAUCCUACCUUCAAGCCCACCAGAGGGUCCACACAGGAGAGAGACCAUACAAAUGUGAGGAAUGUGGGAAGGUCUUCAGUUGGAGCUCAUACCUUCAAGCCCAUCAGAGAGUUCACACUGGAGAAAAACCAUACAAAUGUGAAGAGUGUGGGAAGGGCUUUAGUUGGAGCUCAAGUCUUAUAAUUCAUCAGCGAGUCCAUGCUGAUGAAGAGGGUGAGAAGGACUUUCCUUCAUCAGAGGGUUCACAUAAGAAAGAAGCUCUAUAAAAUUAUGUUUUAAUAUC